UAGCUCACCUGCCAUGGUGGGUUUAUACCUCGGAGCUGUGAAGCAAGUGGAGGAGGACGAAGGGAAAUCCUCAUCCUCCACAUAUCCUUCCUCCAAAUGGAUCUGUGCUGUAGUGAUAUUUGCGUGUGCUGUGGAUGCGGCAGACAAAGCUCUGCUGCCGGCCACCUUCAAAGCGAUGGAGGAUUUAAUGCAGGUGGGUCCGCGUGAUUUGGGCGCCUUAAGCUUUGCCCAGAGCAUCGCAUUCUCCGUGGCCUUGCCAUUUUGGGGCUCGAUGAUGCGAUACUAUCGCCCUAGGGACCUAUUGGCCUUGGGUUGUCUUUUGUGGGGCAUGUUUACCUUGGUUGUGUCUACCAGUUCGUCCUUUGUUACCCAUUUCCUGAUGCGUUUGUUCAUCGGCGCGGCCCUGGCUGUGGUGAUGCCCAUCGGCCAGGCCAUGAUCUGUGACCUGGUGCCGGAGCACGAGCGCGGCACAGCCUUUGGCAUCAUGAAAUCCGUGUGUAGCGUGCUGGCAGAAGUCUCCACCUUCGUCACCACCGCCCUGGCUCGGAGUAGUUUGGCCGGCACCAGCGGCUGGCGUGUGAUCUACGGUGUGGUGGCGCUGAUGUCUUUGAUCACUGCAUGGCUGGUGAAAUCACAGGUGCCUGCGAACUUGUCGGCCUCCGCACCCGUGAAGGGUCAGACCUGGUUGCAAGAGCAGGUCCGCGUGGUGCGAACGGCGGCUCAGAAACCAUCUUUCUGUUUCAUGGUCCUCCAAGGUGUAACGGGUGGAGUGCCAUGGCACGCCUUCGCCUUUCUGCCCUUCUACUUCCAGCAGAAUGGCUACAGUGACGUGGAGGCCGCCCAGAUCCUUCUCUAUGGAGGAUUUGGUGGCAUGAUGUCAGGCGUCCUGGGCGGUGUGCUGGGAGAUCGCUUCCACAGGUGCUGGCCCUACAGCGGCAGGUGCUUGGCUGCCUUCAUGUCCGUGGUCCUGGGGAUGGUUUUCUUCUUUGCAGUGAUGCGAUGGUCAGAGAGCAGCUUUUGGUUUGUGGCAACGAUUAUGUUUCUCUUUCAGCUCACUGGCACCUGGACGCAGUCUGCCGCUUUGCGUCCCAUGUGUGGCGACAUCGUCCAAAAUAGCCACGACCGUGCGCAGAUCUUGGCGCUCUGGAUUGCAUUGGAAGGUAUCAUCUCUUCCAUCUGCGGCGCACCCCUGGCCGGGCGCCUCUCUGAGGCCUUUGGCUACUCGCUGAAUGCAGGGGACGCCUUGGGGCAAGGGCAAAACGUCGAUGCGCUGCGGAAGGCGCUGCUGGGCGUUUCAAUGUUGCCCUGGGCUGUGUGCGCCAUCUUUUGGAUCCCCAUGAUUUGGUCCUACCCCAAGGAUGCAGGACAAUCGGCACGCAACCAUUUCAGCGCCUGACUUCACAUCUGAAUGUUUGCGGAAGAUGAUCAUCUGGAUACCAGGGGCUCCCAGUUCA